AUCGAUCUCUGCUCUGCAUUUCAGCAGAAGCGCAUUUCGCUUUUUCCCGUUCUUUCUGAACCUUUCGUUUCUCACUCGAGCAACAAAAGGGGAAAGAGAACCGCACUCUCUCCUUUCUCCCCUCUUUGUCCUCGUGCGCGCACGCGUUCGUUCGCAUUGAAAAGCACAAAGUGACAUCACUUUUUACCCAAACAAGCAAAAAAGCUCGACCCGAUUUUUUUCCGAGUCUUUUUUUUUAUUCCUGUUUGAGCUUUUACCAAUCAGCGUUGGUAACACUUUCACAGGUCUUUCUUCCUUUUUCUUCUCCAAUUGUCAUCUUCUUUUUGUGGAUGCUCUUGAUCCUCGCGUGUUGAUACUUUGACAUCUUCGCGUCUCUUUUUUUCUUUCGUCCAAUUUGGUAUUUUUGCAUCAAGCCCGUCGCUGCGAGAACGCCCCCUUUUCGACACACUUCCUAGCGUAGUCGCCUCCCACAUCCAUUGAACAAAGUCGCUUCGGACUCGAGAGUUUCAACGGAAAGGAAAAAAAAAAAGGAAAAACUUUCCAAAAAAAAAAAACUGAGCACUUUCCCUUAAAAAAAGAGAGCGCUUUUGUUACUUUUUUUGCUGUUUGAUCCAAAGUAUUUUUUUUUUUUCUGAACCAACGAAAACAAGAAAAGGCCUUCAAAAAAGUCUUUCCCUCGCACCCCGGAAUCAAGUCACUCGGUUUAUUGUCGGAUACCCACAAGCACCCAAGGAAUUUUUACCCAGAAAAAAUCCUCAAGGGCGGCGAAAAUCACAACAACGUAACAAGAGCCGAUUCUUCCAAGAACGAGACACUCCCCCAAGCAACCAUGUCUGCCUAAAGCAAGACCCAGUUGUUGAUCCAAGUGUUUUAUUUUUGCCGAAGGAUUUCGUUUCCUCUUCUCCCGUUGCUUUUUUUACUUUGUUUUCACCUUUCUUUGAGUUCUUUUUUUUUUCGGUUUUUGUUUCUUUGAGCGCUUUUAUUUCCUUCAAUCUCUCCGAGCCGAUUUCUUUGGUUUCGUCGUUUCUAGGGCUUAGCCUUUUUUACCUUUUUCUUUUCUACUCGUUGCUUCAGCGAAAAAAACUUUCAUCGUCCUCCCUCGUCGGUGGACUCGCGUCAACAACAAAUUUGUCACAAAGCCCCUUUCUUGUUUUUAACUUCUGAUUGAUUUUCAAUCAGGCUCUUGACUUUUUUUUUUUUUUUUUCAGUUUGACUUUUACUUUUCGCUUUUCUCGUUUGUUUUCUUCAACCUUCUCGGUUCGUUUUUUACGCACGCUACCUUUUGUUCUUGGAUUUCGCUACGCCUUUGGAUCUGCGCAAUCAACCCUUCUUGGCUUGAUUCCUCUGUCCUGUUUUCGCCUCCCGUUUGCAAGAAUUCCUUUUUGUUUCGCCUUCUAGUUUCGUCGCUCGCUUUGUCUUUGACCCAAAGAUGACGACGCCGAACCAGUUUCAAGAGCCGCUUCGAUAGCCUUCAACCCGCAUUUGACCCGUCUCUGUGACGCCUUUCAGAUGCACGCUUCGGACCAACAGCAUUUGCUUUUUCUUUCCCACCUUCAAUCUCCGACUCUCGCUUUCGCGAUGACGACGAUGAUUUGAUACGGAGUAAAGAAAAAAAGCCAAGUACAACCAGAGAUGCGACGCUGAAUUCGUCCGUUCAGGAUGAUGGACGCGCUACAUCUCUCGCUUGAGUUUUUUUGAUUUCCUCGACCGUGUCACUAUCCUCCAAGUCUAGUAACCUAUCAUUGACAACACCUUUACCUUAGCAUCAGCUUUCUGCUUUUUCUUUUCUUUCUUUUUCCUCUUCUUUCCCACCACCACCAUCACCACCAGCAACCAUGUUCCCCACUUCCAACUUUGCGCGUGCUUCGGCCAAGCCUGCGGCUUUUGCGUUUGCCCAGCAAGCACAGCAACCAUUCUAUUCAGACGAACACAUCCUCGAGGAGCUGCUCAAGGUGCCUGGCGCGCUCUCGACUCCGCUGUCUGGCCCGCUUUUGCCCUUUGAUGACAAGCUGGUCUUUGACUGCGAAUUCAAGCCUGCGUCUGUCCAGGCUGCGUCUCUUGGCGCUUCUGCUGCUGCUUCGUCUUCUGCUGCAGCGGCCGAUGCCUCCGAGUGCUUGCCUUCCGAGUCGCUGGCCUUCUGGCUCGAGUUUGGCCAGUCUGCCAACUACGCCCUCACGGCGUUUGAGCCUGCAAGCUGCUCGACUGCUCCUCCUGCUCCGGCUCCUACCUCCGCCUCGAUCUCGACCGUCUCGUCCGUCGCCGACCUGACUGCGCUUUCUGGUAUGGCCUCGCCACGUCGCAUGUCGCGCGACACCGUCUCUUGCCUGCCUGCCCCCAUUCCCUCUUCGGCUCGCAAGCACGCUCGCGAUUCGGAGGACGACGAUGACUUCCAAGCCUCUGACGAGGAGGACGACGAUGACGACGACGACUACGAUUUCGACUUUGGCACGCACGCGGCAGCCUCGCGUGCAUCGACUGUCUCUUCUGUCGCGGCCACGCCCCUGCCGUCUGGCGCGCCGUCGUCCGUGUCGCCUGCUUCCGCCCCCGCCACCAAGCCCAAGCGUCCUCCGCGCAAGCGCCGCCCGCUCGACGAGGAGGAGAAGAUUGAGAAGCGUCGCCGCAACAAGAUCGCCGCCGCCCGGUGCCGCGACAAGAAGCGCGAGAAGCAGUCCAUUCUCGACGAGCGCACCGAGCGCAUGCGUGAGGAGAACAUCAACCUCAAGCAGAAGGUGGCCCAGCUCGAGAUGGAGGUUUCCUAUCUCAAGAACCUCGUCCUCGCCGCCAAGCGCCUGGCGUGAUUUGUUGUUUUCGUUUGUGUUUUGUUUUGUACUUGCAUUUUGCAAUUCGGCCCCAUUUGUUAGUAAUCCUUUUCUUGUCUUGUUACCAAUUCAAACAUUCCGUGUCUA